AUGGCUGAAAACCCCAGUCCUGAGGAGCGGGUUGUCAUUGAUGACCUGACUCCAGAAGAGGCCAAUCGAAUCAUACACUCCCAUCGCAAGGUUCGCUACGGUAAGAAAUGCCAUCGCGAUAACCUCAACCAAAGCGUGCCCACGCGCAAGAGGACGCAUUCAUUCUCAGAAGUACACCAAGACGAAGUCGUGCGCAAAGUCGAACGCCAGGAUAGUUGGCCACGCAACCUUGCAAGUAUUGAUGAGCCAGAAGUGGCAGCAGAUCGAUAUCUCGGACAGAACAGUAUUCCUGCCUUACUGCGCGAGCAGUCCUCACCAGUCCACAAAGGUGAUGGUCUUGACAUCCGACAAGACAUGCGGUCCAUUCUCGGCUUGGACACAUCAGCGCCUUUUCCAUUGAUGUCGUCUCAACACCUCCAGAAACUGACACAGGACAUUUCGAAUGAACUGCCAUCUGACCGCGAGGUCAUGAAGCUAUUUCGUGCAUAUAAGGAAAUACCGCAGCCUUUCUGGGGUUUUGUGAUGGACAUUGACGAUCUCGAAAGCAAACUUAUGAUUUACCUCGAGGACCGUUCACGAAAUGCGACCAACGGUAUCAAAUCCACCAAACCUGUCACAGCAUCAUGGUUGGCAAUUCUUUUCGCCGUCUUGGCUGUCGGAUCCCAAUACCACGAAUCUCCUUACCACAUCCGCACUCGUGAUUCCCAGCGAUUCAUUCAGAUAUCGUUCCAUUUCCUUCGACUAGGCAACUUUCUUCUUCGCCCUUCAUUUGACUCUAUCCAAGCGCUUCUUCUGACAUGCUUUGUCCUUCUAAAUGACAUGAAGGCUGAAGCAUCAUGGGCUCUUAUGGGAUUGACAUGUCGUCUUGCCCAGUCGCUAGGUCUCCACAGAACACCGCGCAACGAAAGCCGUGACUGUACACCUCCAAACACACAGUCGAAAGAAAUGGUUCGAAGAAGGUUAUGGUGGAGUGUUGUUUGGCACGAUACCCUGACAUCGCUUUCUUUUGACAGGUCCCCAAUGACCAACUUCCCCUGCUGUCCGAUCCCAGUCAUGUCGCCGACACCGAGCGGCAACUACUCAUACCUCGAAACCAUGUACCAUCUCAUGGAGAUAAUUUCUCGUCGACUUAAUCCCGACGAUAUGAUGAGCGCAUCGUAUGCUCAAAUUAUCGAAGACUGUGAAGCAGUAGAAACUCUUCGAGGCCGCACCGCACCUCAGUUGCGAAUCAAAGAGAGUUGCAAAACAGCCCUUGACCGUCUGCAACACUAUGCUAUCCGCCUGCAUACAUCAUUUGUCAUUUCCGUUGCCUGCCGCCCAGCACUCCGAAAGGACAGCGAAUUCGAACCUGAGCAAAGAAAGACGCUAGCAGAACGCUGCAAAGACAACCUAACCGAAACCGUCCGAAUGUUUUUGGCAAUGCACCAGCUAUCCGCUAUCCCCACGAGAAGCUGGGCUUUUACGUACCAUGGCCUAUCAUCGGCGUUGCUCCUCGGUAUACUUUGUGAGACGAAGACGGAUCCCGAAGUUCGUCAGUUGCAGGGGGAUUUGAUCGCUGCACUGUCUGCUACCGCGGCCAAGGACGUUAGCUCCCCCGAGCCGCAUGUCAUGACUACGGACAAGGAUAUUGAGCUUUCCGGACCACUUUACCGAGCUUUGACGGCCCUCAAGAACAUCUAUGACCAUGGCUCCAUUGUUCCAUCACACCUCAAGAAAGAGGGAGACGCCUCUGCCGCUGGCAGUGGAAGCCGGACGCCUCAGUUCCCCUUUGGGAACGCGAACCAGAUUCCUGGAAAUGCCAACUCAAUGUUCCGCAACGUCUCGCAAAGCGCUGACCCAAGAGAGGACGCUGCGCUCGCCAUGGCUGAAAUGCAAAAUGGAGGUGCAUCGAUACAAGACUUUCCUACACACCCGUACCUCCAGCAGAUGCAGGCUAAUGGAACCUUGAACCUCGAUAACAUGAAUGCAAUGAACGUCGAUCCUACGCAAUACAUGGCUCCCAUGGACCUCUACGAAUCUAUCUGGGGUGAAUCACCGGACCCAUGGAAUACGGGCGUGGACUCGUUGAACUUUGACUUUCUCGCCCAGCCGCCACCAGGUCAGCCUCAGCAGCAGUUUUACUUUUGA